UAAUAGAUGUAGACGAUCAGAUUCAGUAAGGAAACUGCAUCAGUUAAAAACUGGUGGUGGUCCACCAAUAGUGAUUGAUGAUGAUGAAGAAGACAUACAUGAAAGAGUUCGCAGUGUUGUUCCAACAAUUGAUUUUACGUUAAAAAAUCAAUGGGAUAGUACAAGUGAAAUCGAAAGAAACAUGGAAGACAUCCAAGAUACAUUUAAAGAAGAAGAAAUAGGAAAUAAGGCAGAUCUUGACAAAUAUGAAAGAGAAAACUAUUCUGAAAGUAGUAAUGAAAAUGAUCAUGUACCUUGUUAUCUUGCUGGUGAUUUGAGUGCCAAUGCUGGUUUAAAUGAAAAAGUUUCAAAGGAAGUCUUGUUAAACAAAUGUUUAACCAUAAAUAGUGCCAAGAGUACUAUUACAAAAAUAUCAGAAAGCGACAGUUCCUUGAACAGACAUUCUUCUAAGUCCAGUACAGCUGGAAGUAGUAUACAACGAAAGUCUAUGAAUGUUCUUCAAAAUAUUUUACCAAAAAAUGAUGAGAAUCGACUUAAUAAGUGUAAAGAUUUGACUGCAGAACCUUCGAAUAAAAAGAGGAAAUAUCCGACUGGUUUAGAAAUUGAACAAGAUUUGAGAAUACAGAAAUUAGAAGAGUCAACGAAGCAGCAGUCAGAGCUGCAUAUAGAAAAGCUAAGAAUUAUUCGAAAGGAAUGCGAAUAUUGGGAUAAAAUGAGAGCUGCUGCAGAAUUGGAAAUGCAAGCAAUGCAAGCACAACUUAAAUAUUGGACAGCAAAGUAUACUGCAAUUGAAAGUGAUAUAUUAGAUAUAUAAGUCAUUAACGAAAUUGAUUCAGUUGAUUAAUAAUAUUAAGAAGCAAUCAUAUCUACUAAUCUUUUACAUGACAAUG